AUGACAGUCUUUCCACAGUAUUCGGCAUGCGAUAUUACACUUUUGCUUCAAAUAUAUUACUAUCGCUGGACGAAUCCACAAUCAGCGGAAACGCCUGUCCUCGUGCCAGAAGCUUCCAUAAUCUCAGAUCUCUCUGAAGAAACGCCACUGCUAUCUGGUGAUGACGCUGACUCAGGGCAGCAGGCGCAAGCAUUGGUUCUUCAUGAAUUCCUGCGAUAUGCUGGCGCCCUGCUUUUUGUAUUUGCAGUCGGCGUUGCAGCGUGGGCGGUGAAUGAUUUCAUCUACGCAGGCCAGACUCGCCCUAAGCCCAAAGAGGAGGUUAUCGAAUGGAGAAGCCAAGUUUUGGGAUGGAUUAGUGCCGCCAUGUAUUUGGGCGCACGCGUACCCCAGAUUGUCAAAAAUUUCAAGUCCAAAUGUGAAGGGCUUUCACCCUUCCUGUUUAUAUACUCAAUCACAGGGAAUACAACAUAUGUGCUCUCUAUUUUGACUGUGUCAAUGAAUGCGAAGCAUCUCACGGUGAACGCGUCCUGGUUGGCAGGGAGUGCACUGACCGUCUUUCUCGAUGUCUUUGUCCUUUGUCAAUUUGUCUACUACCGAGCCGUGCAAAAACGCAAUGCUCGAGCAAGGAUGUCGUAA